AUGGAGAAAUACUAUGGUAAAGUGACGAAGAGUUGCUUGCUUUGGGGCAUCGAUUCCCAUCUGGUUAUUCCGUUGCAUUUCACUAGCUCGGCACCAGUUUUUCUUGCAAUUCUUGCCUUGGUCUCAUGCGCGCCAACUGUUAAUCGUGAAAAGCGUCAAGCAUGCGUUUGCGCUCCAGUUCAACAAGAUGUUUCUUGCUGUCAACAGACCACCGUCAACGUUCAAUUCCAAUCUACCCAGGUUCAACAACAACAGCCAGCAUGUGACUGCGUCCCGGUUCAGCAGCAACCAGCCUGUGACUGCAUGCCCGUUCAACAAGCUCCAGCUUGCGUUUGCACCCCAGUUCAGCAAGAUCCGUGCUGCCAGCAACAGCAACAGCCUGCCUGUAUCUGCACCGCAGUUCAGCAAGAUCCAUGCUGCCAGCAACAACAACAACCAGCUUGUGUUUGCACCCCAGUUCAGCAAGAUCCAUGCUGCCAGCAACAGCAACAGCCAGCAUGUGAUUGUCAGCAGAAUCCAACUUGCGUGACCUGCAUCAACAUUGAGAUUGUUCAGCAACAACAACCGGCUUGCAACUGCGCACCAGUUCAACAGCAACCGGCCUGUGAAUGCGUUCCAGUCCAGCAAGCUCCGGCAUGCAACUGUGCUCCAGUUCAACAGCAACCAGCUUGCGAAUGCGUCCCGGUUCAACAAGCUCCUGCCUGCGAAUGCGUCCCGGUUCAACAAUCUCCUCCCUGCGAAUGCGUCCCAGUUCAACAAGCACCUGCCUGUAACUGCGCCCCAGUUCAACAGCAGCCAGCGUGCGAUUGCGUUCCAGUUCAACAGGUCCCAGUUUGCAACUGCGCUCCAGUCCAGCAACAGCCAGCAUGCGACUGUGUGCCAGUCCAGCAGGCUCCAGCUUGCGACUGCGUCCCGGCUCAGCCAUCAUGUGAUUGCGUCCAACAGCAACAAACAGUUUACCAAAUUCAAGUUCAGCAAGCUCCACAGACGAAUCAAUGUGUUCCAGCUUGCCAGCCAGCCUGCCAACAAUCGUGUACCGCCUCCUACACCAACCAACAAUCCCAAUACUCCGCCGCGACAACUUCUUGUGAUGCUCAACAAUGCGUGUGCCAACGUGGAUACGUGAAGUGCGCUGAACAAACCUGCUGCCUUCGUUACCGCUACACCAAUCGCAAAGCAAAACGAUCGAUUGCUUAA